AUGCGGAAGAGGUCGCCAAAAAGAAAAAGAAAAAGGGAAGUGCCCGAGUUCGCCGAAGCCCCCUGGCCGACGAUCAUUGGACAGGGCCUCAUGUGGGUGCAUGAUGCUCGAUGCUGUGACAUCCCGCGCAAAUCCAUUGGAUGCCGGACCCGGCAAUCACGAUAUGGAGAUCGACGCAGGCUGCAUCUGGCCGAGCUCUAG